CGUGGGCUUGGAUGGGACGCAAUCUAAUGUCCGCUCGUUGAACCUAACAAUAUAACCUCUCGCCCUUUCGUGCGCGUUCUCUUAUUUUCAACCGAACCAACAGCUGAAAGCAAACUGAAGGAUAUUCCCAAUAGCAUACCACGAUAUUAUACGGCCCCCUUUACGACUUAACACGCAAAACCCAACGAAACAAACACAUCGCAACCAUGGCCGACACCAAGACCUUACCCCAGAGGUCGGGGACCAUUAUGACCAACUCGUCUGUCCUAAGCGACGAUGCCGUUCCUGAUGUCGACCCUACGAGCACUGCCGGGCUCCUCGCAGAGCGUCUUCAAGCUUGGAAACAUGCCGUCGGAUACUUGGAGGAUUACAUGGAGGUCGUCGAGAAGAUUCACAGGGCCCAGUCCAAAGAGUAUGAAAAGGCCCUGAAGGUCAUCUCCCACCCUUUGAAAGAAGGCCACCACUUCGACCAGAGCCUUGGCGGCGUCGCGGGCUACUUUGAGAACAUGCGCUCCAAUACUCAGGCGAUUAUUAACACCAAUCUCGAGACGGAGAAGAGCAUCAAGGGCUCUGUCCUCCCCAUCCUCGAGCGCCUGCACAAGGAGAUUAAGCACAAGGGCAAGGAGUUGGCACAUGGCGCACAGAAAGGCGCCAAGGAGGUCGAAAAGGCCCGCGACACCACGCAGAAGCACAUCGAGCUCCUCGGCCAACAGACUGCGGCUUUCGAAUCGGCCGGCGGCAAGAUGCACGGAUCUGACGACCCCUACGUAGUCCACCGAGGUGUCUUGCACAGGCUGCACAAGCAGGUCCUGGAGGAGAACAACAACCGGAACGACCUCAUUGCUGUUCAGAAUAACUUCGAGGCUUUCGAGGCUCAUGUCAUCGAAGUUGUCCAGCAAGCAAUGGAGGCCUUCAUCCAGUUGGCCGGCGGUCAGGCGGAAAAGACUCGCGCGCUCUAUUCGGACAUGCUGGGUGCGAUCCAAAGGGUCCCGGCCGACUUCGAGUGGAAGGGCUUCGUCUCCCGCAGCGGCGACCGCUUGGUCAACCCCAACGACCCCCCGCGCUCAGUUGAGUCCAUCAACUUCCCCAACAUGGACCAUUCCGCCGUCAAGCCUCUCAUUGAGGGUUCCUUGGAGCGCAAAUCGCGUAACAAGCUCUCAUGGGGCUACUCUACCGGAUACUACGUUGUCACUCCGGCCAAGUUCCUGCACGAGUUCAAGGACUCCGACAACGCCCGCGUUGAUCCCAAGCCCGAGUUGUCCAUUUAUCUGCCCGAUGCCGUGAUUGGAGCUCCCAACGGAAACAAGUUCAACGUCAAGGGCAAGGACAGAAGCAAAUCGAUUAGCUCAAAGCUCACCGGAUCCUCGGAGUUAGCUUUCCAGGCGCACACCCCUGCCGACGCACAGAAGUGGUUCGAGAUCAUCAAGAACGUUGCGGGAGCGACUGGACCUGCGGAGCCCGUAUCGUCGCCCACCUCGCCGGUUAUUGGAUCCGACGAGAAGAUGCCUGCGAUUGCGCCCGUCGCGACCCCCCAGUCUGGCCAUUCGGUACAAGAGGCCGGUGUCACUGGCGCCGACCCAACCGCGAGCCCGGAGUUGCUGAGCCCGGUCGACGGCCCAUCGUCGAGCGCCACGGCUGCUCCCGCGCCUGCACCUGCGCCUGCUACGACGGCACUUGUAGAUGAAAAGAAGGUCUAAGGCCUCGCACCGCACGACACCCUCGCCUUUCUGAGACCCCUACACUUGCAGGCUUAGUCUGCCACCUCGUCAAGAGCCUUGUCAACCGCCCUGCUUUUAUCAAAGUGAGGCGAAUGCCAGGAAGACGUGACGAGUUGCGUGCCUUUUCCGGUUGCCUCGUUAUGUAGCCUCCGGGGCGGACCAGCGCAGAUGACUUCGACUGCACUGCAUCGUUAUUACUGAUUGGCCACGUCACUUUCGAGCAUCACACACACACAGCCUGACGUUCAUUUGCGUUCCUGCGGCCUCUUUUCGGCACAUGCGUUUGGAGGAUACCAAUCUGAUUUCUUUUUUACGGUCAUGCUAUAUAGUAGCCCUAAUCAAUCACUGCUUUUCUUUGG